AUGGCAGGCGCAGAAUCAUUGUUUCCGCACGCCUUCACAACGCAGACCUUGCCCAGUCGGUAUUCUCCAGUGGGCGAGCAUAGUGCUGCAAUGGCCUGGAGGAAAAUGGCCACGCUGAAGGACUUCAUGAUGAGUGACCAGCAAAUGGAGCCGAACAGGAUGGCGAAGAGAGCCAGCCGCCAUACUGGCAGCAUUCUCUGGAGUCUACUUGUAGUGUCCGGCAUUGGCAUAUCUGCUACGUCGCAAGUACAUCUGCAAUGCCAUCAUUGUACCCAUCAAGACUCCACUGGUCUCGGGCGAAGACCCGGUCUGUGA